UGCGGCGAGAGCAGCAGGGAAGGAGGCGUGCGGCGCCCGCCCCCAGCGCGCUGCCCGGAGCCGGAGGUGCAGCCCGGCGCUAUCCCAGGCGCUAUCCCAGCUUCAUCUCGGCGCUCGCCGCAGCACCGAGCCCGCGAGGCGGCCCUUUCCUGCGCAGAGGUGGCAGCGGCAGGCGGCAUGACGGCGGAGGAGAUGAAAGCGGACGGGGCUCCCCUGGAAGGGGUGGACAUCACUCCCAAGCAGGAUGAGGGCGUCCUCAAGGUUGUCAAGAGAGAAGGCAGUGGGACAGAGUCUCCGAUGAUAGGUGAUAAGGUGACCGUCCAUUACACAGGGUGGCUUCUUGAUGGCACAAAAUUUGACUCCAGUCUGGACAGAAGAGACAAAUUCUCAUUUGACUUGGGGAAAGGUGAGGUGAUCAAAGCGUGGGACAUUGCUGUGGCCACUAUGAAGAUUGGUGAAAUCUGUCGGAUUACGUGUAAACCAGAAUAUGCCUAUGGCUCAGCUGGCAGCCCCCCAAAGAUACCUCCCAAUGCUACACUGAUUUUUGAGAUAGAACUUUUUGAGUUCAAAGGGGAGGACCUCACUGAUGAAGAAGAUGGUGGCAUCAUCCGAAGAAUCCGUAAAAAAGGGGAGGGCUACUCCAGGCCCAAUGAGGAUGCACUUGUAGAGAUCCAGUUUGAAGGCCGACACAGAGAUCGUGUUUUUGACAAGCGGGAAUUGCGGUUUGAGAUUGGAGAAGGUGAAAACUUCGACAUUCCUCAUGGUCUGGAGAAAGCAAUUCAAAAAAUGGAAAAAUCAGAGGAAUCUGUGUUCUAUCUCAAACCCAGCUAUGGUUUUGGAAGUGCUGGGAAUGAGAAAUUUAAGAUCCCUCCCGAUGCAGAGCUGCAGUAUGAAGUGAAACUCAAAAGCUUUGAAAAGGCUAAGGAGUCCUGGGAAAUGAACACAGAUGAGAAGUUGGAACAGAGCUGCAUUGUGAAGGAGAGAGGCACUCAGUACUUCAAGGAGGGGAAAUACAAGCGGGCAGCAUUACAGUAUAAGAAGAUUGUGUCAUGGCUGGAGCACGAGUCAGGACUCUCUGAGGAGGAGGAAUCAAAAGCCAAAAGCCUGAGGCUUGCUGCCCACCUUAACUUAGCUAUGUGCCAUCUCAAGCUAAAGGAAUACUCCCAGGCUUUGGAGAACUGCAACAAGGCACUUGAAUUGGAUAGCAACAAUGAAAAAGGCCUCUUCCGGCGUGGAGAAGCUCACUUGGCUGUCAAUGACUUUGAGCUGGCCCGAGCAGAUUUCCAGAAAGUGAUACAACUUUAUCCAAGUAACAAAGCUGCCAAAGUGCAACUGGUGACUUGUCAGCAAAAAAUACGGGAGCAGCAUGAGAAGGAGAAAAAGAUGUAUGCCAACAUGUUCCAAAGGCUCGCAGACAAAGACUUAAAGUCGUCUGCCACUCUUCAGACAAGCCACACUGAAGAUGCAGAAAUGAAAGAUGCGCAGAAUGGAGUUGAAGAUAAAUCAGAAGUUGAAGCAGAAGCAUAAAAAUUCCCCUAUUCCAUUAGUUUUGUAAAUGAAAGAAUUUCCAGUGAA